AUGGCUCUGAUAAUAGCCCAGCGGAUUAAAGAGCUGUGCUCGCUGUCGCUUUGCACCUUUAUCCUCCUCUUCAUCAAAGAGGCCAUGGGGCGCAGGGCCACCGCCUGCUCAGGGCAGGGGCCCUAUGGCCCGGGAGAGCCCCCUGCCACCAUGCCCCUUGAGCAGUCUGUAGUACCUGUCCCUGUGAGGAGGCCAAGGGGUCGUGUGCGGAUUGAGGAAGGUGCCUCACUGCGCAUCGACCUCCUACGUGCUGAGGACCAAGGCUGGUACGAGUGCCGCGUGCUCUUCCUUGACCGGCACAGCACUGACGCUGACUUCCAGAACGGCACCUGGAUUCACCUCACCGUCAACGCACCACCCACCUUCCUGGAGACCCCUCCUGCAUUCGUGGAGGUGCGGGACCGGGACAGGCUGAGCCUUACCUGCACGGCUGUUGGCAACCCCCAGCCUGUUGUCAUCUGGAAGCGGAGCGACCUGGCUGUCCAGAGCGGGGACACAGUGCAGGUGAGGAACGGGACACUGAGCAUCGCCGUCGUGGAGCGUGCCAGCGCAGGCACCUACACCUGCCAUGCUUCCAGCAAGGAGGGCACUAUCACCCACACCACCCGUGUGCUUGUGCAGGGGCCACCUGUCAUCGUGGUGCCACCCCAGAACGUCACCGUCAACAUCUCCCAAGAUGCCUUUCUGGCGUGCCAGGCUGAGGCGUACCCAGGAAACCUCACCUACACCUGGUUCCAGGGCAGCAGCAAUGUCUUCCAUCUCAGCCGCCUCCAGGCUCGGGUCCGCGUCCUGGUGGACGGGAGUCUCUUGCUCCAGCGAACGACCCCGGACGACGCUGGCAAAUACACUUGCAUCCCCAGCAACGGGCUGUGGAAGCCGCCUUCUGCCUCGGCCUUUGUCACAGUGCUUUAUCCAGCACAGGUGACCACCAUGCUCCCAGAGACCCACCUGCCCAAGGGGAUGCAGGGUGUGAUCCGCUGCCCCACUAGAGCCAACCCCCCUCUGCUCUCCGUCAGCUGGACAAGGGACGGGCACCUGCUGGAGCUGGACAAGCUCCCUGGCUGGGCUGUGAGACCGGACGGCUCUAUUGAAUACUGCCAGGAGGUGGGCCGGGAGCUGGUGAUCCCCGGCGCAGCCCAUGGGGAUCCCCCCCCAGCUGUCACUUGGAUGAAGGUAGGAGCUGCCGCUCUGGGGAACCACCUGAGUAGGCAGGCCCAGGUGGAUGGGAACAGCAGCCUCGUCUUCCGCCCGCUCAUCAAGGAGCAGCAUGGGGUCUGGGAGUGUACGGCCGCCAACCAGGUGGCCAGUGUCAGCACCACCACCUCUGUCCACGUGCUGGGUACCAGUCCUCACGCUGUCACCAAUGUCUCCGUGCUCCCGCUCCUGCUGGCAGCCAACAUCUCCUGGGAGCCCGGGUUUGAUGGAGGUUACUUCCAGAGGUUCAGCGUCUGGUACACACCACUGGUGAAGCAUCCACCCCGGGCCCAUCAUGACUGGGUGUCGCUCUCGGUGCCAGUGGGGUCUCAGCACCUCUUGGUGGAGAAUCUGCAGCCAGACGUGAGCUACCAGUUCAGUGUCCUGGCCCAGAACAAGCUGGGCAGUGGCCCCUUCAGCCAGAUUGUCACCUCUGCACCCAGGGGCUUCCCAGUGACCACAGUGCCUCCAGAGCCGCCGGCCAUGACCAUGCGCAUCUUCUUGUCCCCGCCGCAGGCUCUGACUGCCAACGAGACUCUGCGUGGGGUCCUGCUGCAGUGGGAGCCCCCAGCUCAGUUCUCGGUGGCGCUGAGCGGCUAUGCGCUGGAACUGCGGCAGGACAAGGGCAGCUGGGAGGUGCUGGACCGCUCCAUCCCCAGCACAAAGACCCAAGUCCUGGUACCAGGACUCAUCAAGGACGCCUUCUAUGAGUUCCGACUGGUGGCCUUUGCUGGCAGCUACAUCAGUGAUCCAAGCAACACGGUGAACGUCUCCACAGCUGGCAUGGAGGUGUAUCCGUCUCGUACCCAGCUGCCAGAGCUCCUGCCGCAGCCGGUGCUGGCUGGGGUCAUUGGGGGGAUCUGCUUCCUCAGUGUGGCCAUCAUCUUCAGCACCAUGGCCGCCUGCAUCAUGAACCACCGGCGUGCCACACGCAUCCAGAAGCGAAGGCAAGAUCCACCACUCGUCUUCUCCCCCAGCAAGAAGCUUCCACCUCCACACAAUUCUCGUGGCUCUGGUAGCCCAGACAGUACCAUGAAGCUGAAGCUGCAGCCGUCUCCCUGCCGGAGCCUGCGCAGGACACUGCUGGGGGGCGAGAAGGCCGGCACCAGCCUGGGUCGUCUCAGCAUCGCCGGGGCUGGCUCCCAGUACACCAUGUACGAGAGCCACGUUGGGGAGCACGUGCCCCUGGAGCGGAUCUGCCGCGGCCCCGAUGGGCGCUUCGUGGUGGAGACCGACACGCGGCCACAGGAGAGUGGCUUUGGG